GCCCCCUUUCGUUCUUCUGUUGUUCUGAUGCCAAGCUUGGUGCUGCGUAGAACCACUCUCAAAAGAAGCCACACAGUCUUCAGAACCACUUGCCCACGCAAAGAACCACUUAAGCACGCGAACUGUUCUGCCCAGAACUCGUGGCUCUGAACAGAACCGUUCCCUUCCCUGGAGAACCGUCUCUGUGGAGAGAGUAGGCCGACAGUUGGAGCAGGGAGCCACCAGGAAGUCUCGCCCAAACAAACUGCGCAUGUUCGGCGCUCAGAAAGAUGGAUGUGUGCGCCGUCGGUAAACGUGUGCUCUAGGAGCGGGACAUGACGGAGACGGAGGUGACCGUGUCCGUGGGGGACAUGGUGGUGAUGAAGGCCUCUGAGGAAGAGGAGGUGGGGGCUGACGAUGCGAGCAAGACGCAGGUCAUCCUACAGCUGCAGCCCAUCACAUCUGGGGUUAGAGAUGAAUCGGGGGAGUCGGGUGCAACUGUCGUGGCAGUGGAGGCACAAGAUGAAGAUUUGGUGGCAGGAGAUGAUGUUGAACUGGGAUAUCCUAUUACGUGCGGAGAGAGCAAAGCGGUUCUUCUGUUCAAGAAAUUCGUUUGCCCCGGAAUCAAUGUCAAAUGCGUGAAGUACGAGGACCAGUUAAUCAGUCCUAAACAGUUUGUUCACAUGUCCGGCAAAGCCACUCUUAAAGACUGGAAACGGGCCAUCAGAAUGGAGGGAGUCAUGCUCAGGAAAAUGAUGGACUCAGGUCAGUUAGAUUUCUAUCAGCACAGCACUCUGUGUACCAACACCUGCCGCAGUACUAAAUUCGACCUUCUUAUCAACAACACGCGGUUCCCUCCGGACAGCAGCGUGCUCAGCACUCCUUCCACAACCCACGGGCAGGUUGCCAUGGGAAACGGCGGGGAGGUCGUCAUGGUGGAGGAGAAAGCAGAGGAAGCGACCGGCUCUUUGGAUUGGAGUUCUGCUACUGUGGAAACUGUAGAGAAGAAGGAAGUAGCAGAGAUAUCUGAGGAGACGUUCAGCUUCUGGAAGGGCAUUGCAGAUGUGGGCCUCAUGGGGGAGGUGGUCAGCAACAUCCGUACAGAACUGCUGGAGCUGCUGAGGGGGGUGCAGCUCCGCUCUGACCAGGCGAACCUGCAGGACGCUGAAGUGGCCGUUCUGAGUAACCUCGCCCAGGUGUUCGGCCUGCUGGACUCCAUCAAACGCAUCCUGAGUGUUCGACGACAAAUGACUGACCCAGGAGAGAAGCAGGUCCUCAAAGCCCUGACCAGUCUAGAGCUGCAGCUGGAGGAGCAGAAGAAGCAGCAGAGCUGGUUGUCUCAAUCUCAGGCCCUCAGCAGCCUGCUGGCGCCCUCCUCUCCCCCGGCCAAACGCACCCCCAAGCGCCCCCGUCUCCAGCGUCCCGCCUCCACCACGCUGCUGGGCUCCACCGUGACCCAGCCUGUAACCCUCCAGCCCCAGCAGUUCACCGUGCUCUCCCCGAUAGCCCUGCCUUCCGUCGGACAGCCUUUCACCGUGGCCGGCCUGGCUCAGCCGCCCACCACGGUCACUCUGCACGCCCUUCCUGUGGGCUCGCAGGUCUUCACACGGAUCGCCACCGACGGAAAAGGAGAGACCAUCACACUCCACCCAGCGCAGGGGAUCACGCUGCUGGGCACGACAGCGGUGCAGGACCCCGGCUGCACCGUGGUCAGCCCCAUGGAGCUAGUGCGGCUGACCCAGGGCUCAGUGGACGUGGAGCAGGAGGACGAGACUCAAACUCACACCGCCACAGUCAUCGAGAUCGACCCGGCGCCGGUGGAGCACGGCAUGGGAGUCGUGGAGCUGCAGCUGGAAACGGACGGCGCGGGAGGAGCGGAGGAGGCGACGCUGGCUCUGAAGGAGGGAGAAGGGGAGGUGGUAAUGCAGAGGGAGGAGAUACACAGCCAGGCGGAGGAGCUGCAACUGGAAGCCAACGGACAGAUUCACAACCUACAGAUAUUGGUAGUAGAGGAGGAGCAGACACACGAGGAGGGCAAAUCCAAAUGAGAGAGACCGAUUAACCCACUCACACAGAGCAGAACGAUUGAUUUGGGCAGGUGAAAUCAUCUUAAUUCGAGGGAUUUAGUCAAUAAUAUCUCUUAUUUCUCAUUAUAAGACUAUUCAACCUACAAAGUCAAUUUGUGGGAAAUAAAACUUGCUUAUUUGAUUAAAUAAUGUAUAUAAGAAGCGAAAUUAUCUGUGAAAUGGGAUUAUUUCGCUGCUUAAAGGGUCCAUAUCCAGUGAAAAACAAAGGGAUCUAUGGAAAUUAAGCCGCAUCGUUUCUGUGAUGUCACAAAAAAACAACGUAUUUCAAUGUAACAGCAGGUUGGAGUGUUUCAAGCCAGACCCCUUUUUCAAAGAUCACAGCAGAGCUCAUUUACAUAUCAGUCUUAAAGGCACAGCAACCAAAACAACCCAUUUGAUUCUAAAAGAUGGAGAAAAUGAAUUAUGACCGCUUUUAGUACAUAAACCAAUCUCGAUUAUUAUAGGUGGACCAUAAAAACAUGCAAUAUGGGCCCUUUAAGUUGACUUAAACCAAGCAAAAGUAAGUUGUAUUAUAAUAAUAAUCCAUAAUAAUUUAGUCUCAUGAGAAAUAUUAGACUUGAUUCAAGAUGAUUUCACCAGCGUUUUCUGCAGCACACACUCACUCAUUCAUGCACACUGACCCCUGAGACGGUCAGCGACGUUGUUUGCACUUCGCAGCCAAGUCUGUUUUUUUUUGUUUGUUUGUUUUUUGUAUUUUUUUUCUUUUUUUUUUACCUACUUUCCUAAAAGUGGUCCGCAUGGCCAAGUAUGAAAAAGAUGUAACUGCUUUUGUACGAGCAAGUCCAGUAUUACAUUUUGACCUCCAGAGGGCGCUGGUGAGUUUUGUUAUGCUUUUGUAAGAGAGUUCAGUAUUUUUGUUUUCCCUUUUUGUGGAUCGCAGACGAGCAGAUCAGGCACUGUCCUUUCCUUACAGUGGUGCCAAAACGCAGGACUGAAACUAUGAUGCACCUGAAACCGUCACUUAAAGCCAAGAUGUGGACACUCAUCAAAAACUAAUAGGACUGUUAUUUGUACUAAGACUCAGCAUCCUUAGCAUCCUGGACCGAGCUGACUAACCUGAGCUCCACCCUCAGACUGAUUAAUGCGCAAGUCUCGUUUGACCUCAUGAGAAGCUGCAGCACUUUAUCUCGUCUGUCACGACACAAAUUUCCCAAAUUGGACCGUUGCAGUCAGAGACGUCUCCCUGAGCAAACAGGACGGACUGUUUCUUAUCGGUGUGGCUUAAAGGGCCAAAGUCAUGGAAAACAAAAAUGAUCAUUAUUAUUUUGUAAAUAAGUGUUUGUAAACAUCGAUAAUACUCGAUAAACAUACCAAUCAGCCUCCAGGCUAAACAGUCCAUAUAUGGAAACUCAGCAGCAAAUCUGGGCCUGUUUUUGUGAUGUCACAUUUAUCGCUGUUGUCGGGGGAAAAAACCUCGUAUCUCCGAAACGGCAACUUCACAGGGGAAGGAA